AUGGGCAUUGACGCCGAGGCGCCACCAUCUGGACCAGCCAAGACACAACGAUGGCACAGCUUCAACCUUUAUCGCAUCCCGUUCACCGCCUCCAAGAUGCUUCUCACGGCAUCAGAUCCCGAACACACACCACUCUACUAUGUCGAGCCCGCCCUUCGUGCUGGUAAGACGGGAAAAGCAGACAUUACCCUGUAUCGACUCUUCCCUCCAGACUAUAUCUGGCCCAAUGCUAACCGACAAAGUCCAGACAUCAUUGUGAAUGGAGUCCCCCACGAUGGCCGCAAGCUAUCCGCCCAGAACGCACGUGAAAUGGGCAAAGUUGUGGCAACAGCGCACUUCCGGCACACUCAGAAGAAGAUCGGACUGGCUUAUGGUGAUCCUGGCCGCACUGAAGUGGUCGGUAUCAUUUAUUGCGACCCGAGGAAAGGAGAACUCCAGCGGGAACACCGAGGCUUGCAGCACUGGGAGACGAUGAGCAGACACAGUAAAGGGCGGUACAGUUUCGUGAUGCCUUCCAUCUCGGUCGGACAGCACGUCCUCGGGUCUACCAAAUUCGUGAAUGAUUUUGCGAAUCCUUUCUCCAGCAAUCCAGCCAGCGUGCCAGCUGAGUCGGACGAGCACAGUGCGCACAACAUUGGCCGCGACGACUGGUGGGAAGACCUCGAUAAAUCUCCUUUUGAUGCUCACGGACAUGCGACCACCGACAGCUACGAGACCACCCCAUCAGCAUCCACUACAUCGAGUGUUCGCGACAGCAGCAUCAAAGCGCCCAGCUCUACUCCAACCUCCAACCCACACGCGCCGCGCCACCUUACAUGGAAACGCACUCACUCCCUCGCCUCCGGCCUCGAAAACGCCGCCCUCUACCGCCUCGCUAGCGUGGCCAACUUCAAGCUCGUCGACGACCACACGGGCCAAAUAUUGGCGGUCUUCGAAAGCAAUGGCCUCAAAAGCUUUCGGAAGCUGGGGAAGCUCAAGGUCUUGAAGGGCGAGGGACGCGGCAGCUUGAAGGAUGGGGAAGGUGUAGACGAGUGGUUGCUUUUGAAUGCGUUGUUGACGAAAUGUGUGAUUUGUGAGCAGAUGAGGAGGGAUGGGUGA